GCUACUAACAAGUGGAGACAAGUGAAGAUUUCUGAUCGUUUAUAUAAAACACCACAGAUCGUUCGUGGAGACAACAUCAUCAAUGAGGAGACACUGUGGAUAGUAAACGUUUGGGGAUAUAUAUGAAACGCUUUCUUUUCAUUUGCAAAUACAUUGGAAAUUUGAUCGAUGUCAUCACCUGAUCCGAUGAGACAAGCGUGACCAGUCCACCACUGGCUCUUUAGACCUUUCUGACAGUCAAAAGGUCCUACUGGAGCAAAGAGACGCCUCCUGCGUCCGGCUCUGAACAACCCCACCAUUUCCUGCUUGUGUUGGUCCCCUUGAGUGUUUCAAAACUGUUUCUCCAACGCUUUUUCCAGAAACUAAGACUGUUUUCCAAAGCAGAAACAGCACAGACCUCCCAGACUGAGGUGAUGGGAAGUGUGCGGGCCAACCGCUACAGCAUUGUGUCAUCAGAGGAGGACGGUAUGAAAUUGGCCACUGCUGCGGUACCCAAUGGGUAUGGUAACGGGAAGGGCAAGGUCCACACCCGUCACCAGACCCAGAGCAGGUUCGUGAAGAAGGACGGACACUGCAACGUGCAGUUCAUCAACGUCAGCGAGAAGAGCCAGCGCUACCUCGCUGACAUCUUCACCACUUGCGUGGACAUUCGCUGGCGAUGGAUGUUUGUCAUUUUCUGCUUGGCGUUCUUGCUGUCCUGGCUCUUUUUUGGAUGUAUCUUCUGGCUGGUGGCCAUAUUUCACGGGGACCUGGAAAAUGGCAGCCCAAAGUGUGUCUCGAACGUGAGCACCUUCACAGCGGCGUUUCUCUUCUCCAUUGAGACGCAGACCACUAUCGGCUACGGCUAUCGCUACGUUACAGACGAGUGUCCCAUCGCGGUGUUUAUGGUGGUAUUUCAGAGCAUUAUAGGCUGCAUCAUUGAUGCCUUCAUCAUCGGUGCUGUUAUGGCUAAGAUGGCAAAGCCCAAGAAGAGGAACGAGACACUGGUGUUCAGCCACAACGCUACGGUGGCCAUGAGGGACAAUAAGCUAUGCCUGAUGUGGCGCGUGGGCAACUUGCGCAAAAGCCACUUAGUGGAAGCCCACGUUCGUGCUCAACUCCUCAGGUCUCGAACCACCGCUGAGGGCGAGUUUAUUCCUCUGGACCAAAUGGACAUUGACGUCGGCUUUGACAGCGGCAUCGAUCGGAUCUUCCUGGUGUCGCCCAUCACUAUCGUCCACGAGAUUGACGAGGACAGUCCGUUCUAUGACAUGAGCAAACAGGAGAUGGAGAACUCUGACUUUGAAAUCGUCGUCAUCCUGGAGGGUAUGGUGGAAGCCACCGCCAUGACCACUCAGUGUCGCAGCUCCUACGUGGCCAGCGAGAUCCUCUGGGGACACCGCUUUGAGCCCGUCCUCUUUGAGGAGAAAAACUAUUACAAAGUAGACUAUUCUCGCUUUCACAAGACCUACGAAGUGCCCAGCACACCCUUGUGUAGUGCAAGGGACUUCGCUGAGAAAAAAUACAUCCUAUCCAACUCAAAUUCUUUUUGCUAUGAGAACGAGGUGGCCCUUUUAAACAAAGAGGAGAAAGAGGAAGGGAACAGCGAUAGCUUGAGUCCUGGGGGGACGAACACAGACACUAGCUCGGACUCUGACCACAGCCAGGCCACCGUUCCUUUAGAAACGCGGCCUUUGAGGCGGGAAUCUGAAAUAUGACUGUGCAGAACUUGCGGAAAGGUUUAACGGACACCUUUUCAUUCAGGCACAUUGAGCUGAACUGAGCCCUUCGGCGAGGCAGGCUCAAGCUAACGGUACAGUUACGAGGAAGAUCGAUCGGAGAAACUGUACAGAAGUGUUCUUACGAGUAUGCAUGGUUAAAUAAACACUGCAUAGAGGCACUGCAUAGCUAUUGAAGAAUGCACGUCCAAGCGAAGAGAGGGUUACCCAAUUAGACUGUUGCUUCUAAAUCACACGAAGCUGGGAGAUGUGCUAGGCAAAACUUGAAAAUGAGCAGGCAUGUGUCCGUGUGCAUUUGUCCUGAACAAGUUUGAUAUCUCUGACAUAUGAAUACGUCUGUUAUUCGCUCCUGCUGCUGCUAUGAAAGUUUAUUCCCAUACAUUUUAAAUUGGCAUGGAAAUUUGCACCAAUGUGUUAUCCAGUUUUGCCCAUUUCAAUGACAAAAUUUCUAGACUUGUUUGAUAUACAAGUAGUCAGUGGCCCUCUGCACAUUUUAGGAGCGCUUUUAAAGAUGUGGGCGAAAACGCACAGACCCAUGCCUGUUUAUUGCGAUACAUCAGACAGGCUCUUUACAUCAGUAUCAGAGACAUCACAGACAUUUGUCGGCAGAGACAAAUAGAGUGAACGUGUUAUUGAAUGUCUUUCUACAAGUGCUGCUAUGUUGCAUUUUAAAUCGACUUUUAGACUUAAACCAAAGAGUAUUCAAAAUGAUCUUUAGGUAAAUUAUUUUAAGGACGACAGACAAGUCAGACCAUGGAGUACAAUAUACAUAUGUAUAUAUAUAUAUAUAUAUAUAUAUAUAUAUAUAUUUACUGUAUAUAUUUGUAAGUGGACUGAUUGUUUGUUUGCUAAUGCACGCGUAUGGUCUAUUUUAUUUCGAUUAUUUUCUUAUUCGAAGCCAAAUGUGUAUAGGACAAAGAUAAAAUAUAAAGUUGAAAAUAAGCAAGCUACAGGUUAGCUAACCUUAUUUUCAGAUAAUCUCUUAUUUUCUUCCCUUAACUUCAGUGUUACUGUAGUUUAGUGCUACAUAAGUGUUUGGGUUGAAAACUGUUUCUAGAAACCCUUUAGAUGUAAGGUUCUUUGCAUGGAUUACACAUAUAUUCAUUUACAGGCGUGUGAGUGUGUAAUGAAGGUUUGGGUUUAUAGACUUUUUAACGUAAACGAAAUUCACUUUCUCGUCUGGUUUAAACCUUUUUUAAUAAUUCAUUAAUUCUCAAUCAACUCUAACCUCGCCUGACAAACUGCAAUACAACCCAAAGCACUCAUUUGGCAGGUGUACCGAGAGCCGGGUAUGUAAGACUGGGUUAUUAGACUGAGAUCAUGGUACUGUGAUCCAAUGACAAUCAGAACGCAGAAUCUGAGCUCAGAACCGCACUUGCACAUGAAAUCGUGCACUUGUGAUAUCACGCUUUGAUAGUGAUAUCAAACCUGUAUCCUGUUUUCUUAAAUAGGCCUGCCUGAAGUUAUUCAAAGACGGCCGCCAGAGCAUGUUCUCCUGAAAGCUCUAUAAAAGGAGACGAUAAAUUAGGGGAUUUUUUUCUUGUCAUACGUCUGUGUUCACAAAAAGAGUAUAAAAUGCUUUUAGUACAACUUCAUCUGUAGUAAGCCUGGUGUGUACCGGACUUCUGCUGGCUCACGGGAAGCAAAUGCUUCUUUUAUUGACUGAAUGUCUAUAGGCAGCGUUUCUCUUUGUUGUAAAUAAUCCCUAUACUUUAUGCAGUCGUUUUGUAUCAGUCUUCCCUAAUGUACUGAAAAAUAAAACAAUGG